AUGGCAUCCGUGCUUCCUCCACCUAGCCCCUCGACCUACUUCCGCGCCGAGUCAGAGGCCAUGAACACGAUACCCGACCCACGGACUCCCAGUCCUCAUUCGGAGAAGUCGAGACAUGGCUCCACGGACUCAGCACACCACCCGGACCUAAGCAAUGAGGUGGCGAUGCUGAGUACGAAGCUUGUCAACGCGAUCAACUAUCAAACAAGCCUGGACGACACUCUGCAGGCGACGCGACAUGAGUUGGAGGCGGCAAGAGAGCAGCUUGCGCGCUUAGAGGCUGCAGCGAAAGAGCAUGCAGACAUGAUAGCACAAGGUCUGCUGAUUAGAAAAGCGAACCAUGAUAUUGCGGUAAACCGAUUAGCGCACAAUCUGGAGAACGAAAAGCAGAAAACCGCUGUGGCGGAGAAAGAGAGGAAAAGAAUGGAGAGCGAGCUAGAGAAUUUGACGACAGCUUUGUUCGAAGAGGCGAACGCGAUGGUAGCAUCUGCUCGUAAAGAGACGGAAGCAUCGGAGAAGAGAAACGAGCAGCUACGCAAUCAGUUGAACGACACGGAGCUCCUUUUGGCGUCCCAACAAGAGCAACUGCAGGAUUUGAAAGCGGUCAUGCAGGAGAUGAGCUCUGAGCGGGGCGAGAACGACGCGCACAUGUCAACCGCGCCAUCGACACCUGGCGCAGCUGCACCGGACAAGCUCAGCCGAACAUUCGAAGAAUUGAACAUGACGCCAAACACUCCCGGCAUGGAUGAAGUCCCAGCCGACCAUCCUCUACGCUUCUCGCAUCUAAUCCGCCCGGUCCUGCGAACAGAUCUCUCAGCCUACGAAGACUUCGCCGAACUGCUACGCCUAGCCAAAUCCACCGGCCCCUCCAGCCGAGUAGCCAGCGGCAACUACAGCGGCCUCAAUGUCAUGGGCCUCAGCUCCUUCAAGAACUCCAGCCAACCCAACAUCAGCCAGCCGACCGCCUCAUCCCCAGCAACACCCGUAACACCAUCAAACGGCAACGCUUCUCCCCGCGUCCCGCCCGCCGACCUCCCCCCACUCAAAGACAACAGAUUCUACAAGCGCGCCCUAGCCGAAGAUAUCGAGCCCACCCUCCGCCUAGACGCCGCACCCGGCCUCUCCUGGCUUGCGCGCCGCACCGUGAUCAACAGCAUGACGACCGGCGGGCUGGUCGUCGAGCCGCACCCGCCCAUCCACCCGUUCCGCGGGCCAAUUUACUCGUGCGCGCUCUGCGGCGAGAGUCGGAAAGCGGACAUAUACAAGCGCAAACACAGGUUCAGGACUAGUGAGAGCGACGACGCGCAGAGGUAUCCGUUGUGCGACUACUGUCUGGGGAGGGUGAGGGCGACGUGCGAUUAUAUUGGGUUUCUGAGGAUGGUGUGGGCGGGGCAUUGGCGCGCGGAGACGGAGGAGGAGGUGAAGAGUGGGUGGGAGGAGAGCGUGAGGUUGAGGGAACGGAUGUUCUGGGCGAGACUGGGGGGUGGGGUCGUUCCCGCUUUCCUACAAGUCAAGGACAGCCCAAGUAGUCCGAUCAAAGGGCAAAAGAGCGUGGAAAGGGCGAGCGAGGACACUGAGACCGGUCAAGAGCCCGGCCGGGAGAAGGAGGUGGCGGCGGACCCGUUCAAGAGUGAGGGAGGGCUCAAGAGGGUUUCUAUUGGGAAGACGGUCAUCUCGAACCCAGAACUCGGACUUACUGCGGAUGAAGAGAGGAAGAUCGAGGAGGAGGCUGCGCAGCAGCUGCAGGACGAUAUGCGGCGUUCGCUUGAGAUCAAGCCGCAAGUCUCACAAGCUGUGCCUCCUACCGAACCGCAAGCGACUGAAGGCGCGCCACGAGGGAGGGAGAAGGAGGGGAGGAGAUUAUCUCUUACGAUCCCGGGGUCAUUCGUCUGA